UGGACCUGAAUGGACCUUUAUGUAUAUUACUAAACUAUCUAUAUAGCCUCAUGCUGAGAAGAAUUCGGAAUUGAGGUGUUCCAAUUCUUCAAAAUGCAUUACAUUUAAUUUGUGACGUAUUUUCAUCAUUUGUGAUUAUUGAAAUGCAUUGAUACACAUCGUAACGAUAUUUAAAAUAUAUUGAUAAACAAAUAGAAUCUUCUAAACAACGAAAUAACUUAUAGAUUAAUUGCGUUCUUUUAAAUGAAAAGAAGAAUAUAAUAGUGAACGUAUAUUAUAGAAAUUACAAGGACAAACGCAAUGGGCAAUGUACUAACUUCUGCAGUGUCAGCAGCUGAUGUAAUUAUAACAGUACCUCAGCAAGAGAUUUCAAAAUCUAUAUACCACCAUGGUACAAAUAAAUUUGAAGGAGAACCUCCGCCUGAGUGUCCUAUGCACAAACCAGCUAAAAAAGAAUCUCCUAAAUAUACUAGCGAAUGUCCAGUAGAUCACACGCGUGAAGAUGAAAUUAAUCCCCUCAACAUGAUGCCUGCUGCCAAUCAACAACCAGCACCAGAUCAGCCUUUCCCAUUGCCCACCGCCAGACAAGUCUCGUCAAUACCAAAAGCAACAGAAAACAAGGAAUUUUGGGUAUAUCCCUCUCAACAAAUGUUUUGGAAUGCAAUGUUAAGGAAAGGCUGGCGUUGGAAAAACGAUGAUAUUUCACCAAAGGACAUGGACGAUAUAAUAAAAAUUCAUAAUGCCAACAAUGAGCAAGCAUGGCGAGAAGUUCUUAAGUGGGAAGCACUUCAUGCUAGAGAAUGUGAUUCUCCAAAGCUCCGCAGCUUUGGAGGUAAAGCUUCUCAUUAUUCACCACGCGCACGCAUUCGAUAUUGGAUGGGGUAUGAAUUGCCAUUUGAUCGUCACGAUUGGAUUGUAGACAGAUGCGGGAAAAACGUAAGAUACGUUAUAGAUUAUUAUGAUGGUGGUCAGGUAGAUGAAAAGUACACAUUUGCCUUACUUGAUGUAAGACCUGCUAUGGACUCUUUAGAAAAUAUUUGGGAUCGUAUGAGAGUAGCGUGGUUGCGCUGGAAAUAUUGUAAUGAAUCAGAGAAAUCUGAGUGCAACAAAACGCAAUGAAAAGAGAAAUUAGAAAUUAGAUAGAAUUAAAAAAUAUUAGCUUCCUCAUUAGAUGCUCAUCUUAUAAAUUUGAGGACAUUGGAUGGGACAAUUUCUGUCAAAGAAUGUACAGUUUUUAAAAGACAGAGGAAAAAUUGUAAUUGUAGUAAAACCAAAGAGAUUUAUUCAUAUUUAAACAAAAUAUAUGCAUUCAAUUGCUUACGAUAUUUUUGAGUACUUAUACAACAAAAAAUAUAUUCAGCCUUGGAAGAAAAAUUGACUGCCAACAGCAAUAUUAUCUUAUAAACAAUUUCAAAAAUCCUUCGAAAAUACGUUAAUAAAUAUAACGUACUGCAUAUAACAAAUUACAAUAUCAACUUUUCUAAGAACAGUAUUAAAGUGAUAAUAGAUUCACCUCUUUUUACGUUGCUUCUAAUACAACUGCACUUCAAUUUGAUCUCAAAAAAUGAUGCAAUUUAUCAAACCGACACGUAUAUUAUUUGUAACAUAUUGCAAUUAUAAUGUUCGUGAUGAAGUAGUUAAAAAUAUUGUAUUUUUAAAAACCGUUGCUUUAAACAUUGAUAAAACAAUUAAUCAGAGUUAAAUAAAAAAUUUCUCACGAAUGUGUCCAAAACAUACGUAUAUGAAUACAUGUUUAAUAAGAUCACUGUAAAAGUCGUCCGAGCUUGGAGAAAUGAAUAGUAAAAAUUGAAUUAACAUCUAUAACGAAAUUUGGGAAUUUAAAGACUUUAUAUUGUGUGAAAUUAUAUUCAUCUAAAAGUGCAAACAAAAUUGUAACAAUUCAUUUUUAAUAUAACAAUGAAACUCACUAGAAUCACAUGAGGACUUAGUUUGAUUAAAAGAUUGAUAUAUAAAAUUUGUAAGUUCCUUCUUUAAAAUUUGGGCACUGUAAAUAAUAUUUAUAAAAUGAAUUAUAAAACACUCUGUAUUAAACGAUACCCAUUAAACCAUUA